UACACGCCCUGCUUCUAAAUUGAUGGUCCGUUCAAUGAAAUAUUCAUUAUGUACCAAGUACUCUUGUUUCUUGAGUGAUGCAGUGUGCUUUGAGGAUAAAUCAAGUCAGUGUCAUAGAGACUUAAAUGCAGGGUUGCAUGCGAGAAGCUCACCAUCCAGGUGAAGAAUCUCGAGCGUUAGCUUUGUGUUUCUUUAGUUGAGUUUUUAAGAAUGCAAUAGAAAGGAAAUAUGAAUCAUCCACGUUUCUGCUCAACCAGUGACUCUAUAUUCAUGAAGACUGUGGUAAGUACAAUUAGAGCUGUAAUUUCUCUUAUUACUGUAAGCCAUGCAUGAACUCCUUCAGAUCCAUGCACAUCUGUCCAGGAAGAAAGUUGACCAACAUAAGCGCUUAACUGUGAAAUGAUAAACGGAUUAAAGGAUUUCGUGAGCUCUUUAUAUAAUUUGACUUCUCAUGCCAAGCCACAAAUCCUUGUGGAUCCCAGACCGCAAGCUGUUUGAAAAAGCAUCAUAAAUGCACCAAAUAUACCAGUUGAAUCUACUUCUUUUCAGCUCGGCUUGAUGUUUCCUCACUGAGGACGAGCAAGGCGAGUGUGCUUGUUAAUCUGGAAGGUCUAGGACCAUUUUGUCUUUUUGAAUGGAGACUCUGAGCUGUUGAAGAUGCUCUGCGUCGUCGUUUUGCUCAUCGCUUUCCUGGUCGUGGGGAGCUCGAAGCUCUGCCCUCAUCAGUGUUCUUGUUACGAAGCGUCUGAGCUGGUGGACUGUCGAUCCCGAGGGCUCACUCGCGUUCCUCACAGUAUUCCUCAUGGCACGUGGCUCCUGGACCUCAGCGGGAACAAGCUGUCGGAGUUGAGGAGAUCCUUCACUGGGAUAUGGGCUCUCCGGGUGCUUCUGCUCUCACAAAGCAACAUGCAGGUGGUGCAUUCUAAGGCUCUUUGCUCUCUGACCUUCCUGGAGAAGUUGGACCUGGCUUACAACGAGCUCCGUGUCCUUCCUCCAGAUUUCUGUCAAGGCUUGACCGCUCUUAAAGAUCUCAAGCUUUCCCACAAUGCUCUGGGACGCCUCGAGUCUCACUCCUUGGAGGACCUAGAAAGUCUGGAGAGGUUAGAUCUCAGUCACAACCACAUUCAGGUUAUAGAAGCUGGUGCGUUUCGUGGCCUCACCAUGCUAAAGAACCUUAACCUUGCGUGGAAUCAACUCUCAAUCCUCCAAGGAGGCCUGCUCACCAUGCAACAGGGUCUUGGAGUUCUUCUCUUGCACCACAACAAUAUCUCCAAGAUUGAAACCAAAGCCCUGGCUCCCUUACAAACCCUCACCAUUCUGAACUUAGAAGCCAACCAGUUGAGAAGCCUGAAGUUCAAGACGUUCUUAAACCUGCAGACGCCCAGCACGCAUCUGCAGAUGUCGGGGAACCCCUGGGCCUGCGACUGCGAGCUGCAUCGCGUCUUCAGUAAGAUUCUCCUCGUUAGGCAUCUCCAUGUGGACGAUUACAUGAACAUCACGUGCCAUUCUCCGCUCUUGCUGGCUGGAGCGUCUCUGGGUUUGAUGCACAGUCAGCUGUGUAUGGCAGAAACAGCCACUGUCCUGGUCAUUACCGGAACCGUGAUGGUCACUGUGGUGGCGGCUUUGGUUAUGGCAGAGCGCAAGCGAAAGAAGCAAAAGAUGAACCUGGAAAAACAAGGAAACGAUCCUAUGCCUUGGGAGUCUUACAAAUGAAGAAAAGAGUCAACUAUUAACAAUAGAGUCUUCAUUUUUGCACAUUUUUAGUACUUAUCUACAGUCAAACCAAAAAUUAUUCAGACAGCAGAUAUAAUUUUUUAUAUAUUGUUUUUUUUUACUAGUGGGUGCAGGACACUACAGUUCAUUUAUGUAAGUGAGGAUAGCAAAAUAAAGUAAACUGUGACGUAUUAUACCCAAAAAUUCUUCAUACAGUGGACUACCUGGAAAAUCUAGGAUAAAAAAAAAUGAUUCGGACACUUUGACCUGAGCAUGUUUUGAUUAAGUGUUUUUUCUUUAAUUGCUAAUGUGAUCUUUUUACACACAGACUGAACAAAAUGAAGCAUUUCUUGGUAAUUGGUUGAGCUAAAUUGGUUUUAUCUAAUUGUGUUCUUAAAUUUAACAGCUGACAGCUAUUCAACCGAUUUCAUUACAGACCUUUCUAUCAAAGUUAUCUGAUAUUAUCAAGAUCAAUUUGUUCUGAGGCAGUUUGAGUUCUUGUCAUAUUUUAUUACCAUUUUCUAAACUAUAGUGAAUAAACUGAUAUAAUGUGAGAAAUGUUGAAGGUGUCUGAAUAAAUUUGGUUUGACUGUAUACUCACUUCAACGUGAAAUCAAAACUGAACCCAUUUAUUUUCCCAGUGCAUCUCAUGUAUUGAGUGACAGCUCUGGUGUUGUGAUGUUGAGAGAAAUCAGCAGUAAGUGCAGAGCGUUGUGUGUGAACAUGAUCUUACUGUAGUUCUAGACUAAAUAUCAACAUUUACUCAUCUCACCUGCACAAAAACACAUUCAGCGUUCCUCAAAAUGAAUAAAAAGUCAAAUGCAAACUCAGAAUAUUAUGCAAACUUGCAAUAAUUAAAUGUUAAAUGAGACAAAUAUCAUUUAUGUAUUUAAUCAUAUUUUAUUAACUAAUGUCUUUGCUACUGACCUUCGAUGAUCCAAUUCAACCAUACUAAUAAACAAAAAUGACACAUUUGUGUUUGAUUUUUGAAUAGUGUUGAACUUUCUUCUCCUGCGUCAUAUUCUUCAUGUGAUUAGUUUGAGCUGCGUCUCUACUGUACAGACGAGAAUCUACAUCUCCUUCAGUCUGAGCCGCAUUCACUUCACUUUUAGUGUGAAAGGGCUUUUACUUUUGUAAAAGAAAAAGAACUUAGAUUAAAAACUAACAAGCAAGCCCUGCCCAGAUUUAAAAAGUAACUCAAAAGUAAUGUAACACAUUUCUUUACAUAAAAAGCAACUAACUUAAUUACUUACUUUUUUUAGGGAGUAACGCAAUAUUGUAGUGCAUUACUUUUAAAAGUAACUUUCCGAGCACUGGUUGCAAGUGUUUAAAUGGGUCUACAGAUGUUGUCAGAGACAUUAAACAACAAUAUGGAUCAUUUUUCCUCGCUCUGAAAAAUGUUGCAUUACUCGUUUGUGAGCUCUGUCAUCCCUUGAUCUUGCUAAUUGUAGAAAGUCCUGCUGAAGGAAA